CUCGUUAAAAAAUUGGAUCUUUCAUCCAAACUUUAAACCCGGGACGGGAGAUGUCUAUUCGAGGAAGGGGUUUCGACCUAAGAAGGGAAAGCAGAUUGACGGACGUUGCGGUUGUUAGUCUGAAGAAACAUGGAUUCCGAUUCGAGAUUAUUUGUUUCAUUAACCAUGCCCUCUCAUGGCGUCAUCAACUAAAAAAUGCUAAGACGCAUUGCAGCGAGGAAGAUAUAAAUGAAGUAGUGCGGUCAGAUAUUGUUUACUCUAAUGCUUCAAAAAGAACUCCGGCCAAGUCGAAAGAUUUGGUUGUGGCAUUUCAGACAGAUGACUUGUCAAAGAUUUGCAUCGAGAUUUUGCGGAAUGGAGAAUUUCAAAGUGAAUCUCAGUUAUCAAGGCAGUUUCGGGGGAUUGCAACCAUAAUCAUGCAAGAAACGUUUAAUCCAGAAACUAAACGUCCAUAUACUUUUAGUAUGAUUGAGAAACUUAUGCAUGGAAUUCACUUUGUUCUUGAUCCUCAUAACAGCUCAAAGAAGCAGGAGUCUCUACGUGCACAGGGCUUGAGAGUUAUACGUGAGCUUCAGAAGCGCUAUCCCGUCAAAAGAGCCCUAAUGAUAUUACAGCUCAUCAUACUUGAAGAAAAUUUAUGUUCUCUUAUGGAAAAGCUCAAUGCACGGAAUGCAAAAGUUGUUUCGAUAGUUGAAUCUGGAAAUCAGCUAUCUUUGGUCUGUGAGGUGGAGCCUAGUUUUUUCCGAGACUGUGAUGCUUUGGUUAGGAGUCUCUAUGGUAGGUCAGAAAUCCUUGCUGAGAAGGACACCAAUGAUGACGAUUGCGAUGACUGAGAUGACGUUGCACCAAGUCAUUAUCCACCAGUAGGUCUAGUACCACUAAACGCUGGAGCGUUAAAUGACCACUGGGGCGUCAUCGAACCAGGUCAUCAUCCUCCAGUACCACUAACUACUCCAGAGUUAGAUGAGAUCAAGUUAAGUGAGGUAUUACGGAAGCAGUCAAUUUCCACAGGAAAUAGAGCUGAUAAGAAGCAAUCGAUUUCCACAAGAAAUGAUGGAGCUGACAAGACAAGUGCUGAAGUCGAAGUAGUAGAGAAUGGAGAGCUUCAAAGUGAAUCUCAGUUAUCAAGGCAGUUUCGGGAUAUUGCAGCCAUAAUCAUGCAAAAAACGGUUAAUCCAGAAACUAAACGUCCGUAUACUUUAAGUAUGAUUGAGAAACUUAUGCAUGGAAUUCACUUUUCUGUUGAUCCUCAUAACAGAUCAAACUCAAAGAAACAGGUAUUCUCAGCUUCCAGGUACUACGAAGCUUUUUAUUUUUAUGGUAUAGAAGUUUGUUUAUUUCUGUAAUCUUAGGGUUCUUGUCAUUGGUUACAUUUGGAUGAUACUGUACUUUCUUGUUUACUUCUAUAACCUGAUCUUUGGGUUAUAGAAGUUUGUUUAUCUAGCACCCGAAACAGUAGCCAUAUGAACUAUUGCACCAUAUUUCACACUUAAUUUCCCGGUGUUAGGCUCAAUUAGGUUUUCAUUGAGCCACCAAGGUGCUUUCUUUGCAACAAUGUGAAGUUUGUUUCAACUGACCCAGAUUUAUUUUAUUGUAGUCCU